AAUCUUUGCUGGCUGAUGAAGACUUGAUUUGGUCAUUUGUUUUCCUCAUAGGUUCCGGAGAGUGUCUGUCUUGUGUUGGACACAGAAAGAGAAAGAAACAGAGAUAGAUACAUACAUGAUUGUUCCUUCCUUUAUCUUUCCUUUGAGAUCUCAGAGAGAAACCAAAACAUAUAACAAAACAAAAACCAGCUCACAAAGGUGAAUCAAAGUGUUUGUUUACGUGAUCAAGCUUGUUACCAUGAUGUGAUGAUUCACCAACAAACACUGUUCACUUCAUCACUGUCCUAAUUUCUUCUUCUUCUUCUUCUCAUCUUGUCAACGGUGCAUGUGCAAGGUAGGAACGUGAAUCUUCCUAGUUUCUGGAAACAGGGUGUGUCAAAGUUUGUGUUAGCACAUUUUUCUGUGUGUUGUUGCUAUGAAGGAAGGUGAGAAGAGCUUGGAUCCGCAACUAUGGCACGCGUGUGCAGGUGGAAUGGUUCAAAUGCCUCAGGUGAACUCCAGAGUUUUCUACUUUCCACAAGGGCAUGCGGAACAUGCUCACACCAACGUUGAUCUGAGAGGUUCAUUGCCACCGUUCAUCCUCUGCAACGUUGCAGCAGUGAAAUUCAUGGCUGACCCAGAAACCGAUGAGGUUUUCGCCAAGAUGAGGCUCGUUCCUCUGAGGAAUUCAGAGCUUGGUUUGGGAGAAGAAGGAGGUGAAGUGUUGGAAAAUUCAGAGAAGCCUGCGUCGUUUGCUAAGACUUUGACCCAAUCGGAUGCUAACAAUGGUGGGGGGUUUUCUGUUCCGAGGUACUGUGCGGAGACAAUUUUUCCCAGGCUGGAUUAUGCGGCGGAACCGCCGGUUCAGACGGUGGUGGCGAAGGAUGUUCACGGCGAGCUUUGGAAGUUUAGGCAUAUAUAUAGAGGCACGCCGCGUAGGCACUUGCUGACCACAGGGUGGAGUACUUUUGUGAACCAGAAGAAACUGGUUGCAGGGGAUUCUGUGGUGUUUUUGAGGGCUGAGAAUGGGGAAUUGUAUGUUGGGAUUCGUAGAGCAAAGAAGGGAAUUGGUGGUGGUGGUGGUGGUGGUUCUGAGGUUUCAUCUGGGUGGAGCUCAGCUUCAGGAUCAGGGAAUUGUGGGAUUGGACCUUAUGGGGCAUUCUCUUUUUUCUUGAGAGAAGAGAACAAGACAUUGAGGAAUGGUUGUGUUGGUGGUGGUGGUGAUUUGAGUGGGAGGGCAAGAGUGAGACCUGAAGCUGUUAUUGAAGCUGUGACUCUAGCUGCUAGCAACCAACCAUUUGAGGUUGUUUAUUAUCCAAGAGCUAGCACUCCUGAGUUUUGUAUUAAGGCUUCGGCUGUGAAGGCGGCGAUGAGGGUUCAAUGGUGCUCUGGGAUGAGGUUCAAGAUGCCCUUUGAAACUGAGGACUCUUCCAGGAUUAGCUGGUUCAUGGGAACCAUUGCUUCUGUUCAGGUUGUUGAUCCUGUUCGCUGGCCUAAUUCCCCAUGGCGGCUUCUUCAGGUUAAUUGGGAUGAGCCAGAUUUACUACAAAAUGUGAAGCGUGUUAGCCCGUGGUUGGUUGAAUUGGUAUCGAACAUGCCAGCCAUCCAUUUCACACCCUUCUCUCCACCGAGAAAGAAGCUGCGGUUUCCGCAGCACCCCGACUUCCCCCUUGAUGUUCGUUUUCCGACACCAACGUUUUCAGGCAACCAGCUCGGGCCAAACGUGCCCUUGAUCUGUUUAUCUGAUAAUGCUCCUGCAAGCAUACAGGGAGCCAGGCAUGCUCAAAUUGGAAUAUCUCUAUCAGAUAUCCACCUUAGCAAUAAACUACAGUUGGGGUUGUUUCCAACUAACAUCCAGCUUCAUAGUGGGAUUUCAAAUGGCAACAUGACCAACCAUGAUGAGAGCAAGGAAAGCUUAUCAUGCUUGCUGACCAUGGGAAAAUCUAUUAAAAGUUUGGAGAAAUCUGUUGAUGUUAAGAAACACCAAUUUUUGCUUUUCGGUCAACCGAUACUCACUGAGCAACAAAUCUCUAAUAGCUGCUCUAGAGAAGUGUUGUCUCAUAAUAAUUCAGGAAAAAAUUCACUAGCUGUGAAUGAGGACAAAGAGAAGUGCUUUUUUGAUUCACCAGGAAAAGCUUCUAGUGCUGAGUUUUCUUGGCAACUUGGCUUGGAUACUGGUCAUUGCAAGGUUUUCUUGGAUUCAGAAGAUGUAGGAAGAAGCCUAGACUUAUCAUGUCUUGGUUCUUAUGAAGAGCUGUACAUGCGACUUGCCAAUUUGUUUGGCUUAGAAAGAUCUGAGAUGUUGAACCAUGUCCUCUACCGCGAUGCAACUGGUGCUGUUAAGCAAACUGGAGAAGAACCUUUCAGUGAUUUCAUGAAGACAGCAAAAAGAUUGACAAUUUUGACUGACUCAGGCAGCAAAAGUAUUAGAAUCCGUUUUUCAGGGCCUGGAUUACAGGAACUCGGAAUGGUGAACAUGGAUUGGAUGCAUCAAAUCAAACAGGUCCUCUAAGCAUAUUUGCUUAGCAUGGUGUAUCAUCCGAGAGAUAUUGUUGAGAUUUCAGAAGUUGGCAAGUUUCAUCUCCAUUUACAUCUUGAAAAACUGAAGAUGAACUGAAUCUUUUUAAAGUUUAUUGUGUACCCAAAUAUUUAUCAAUGUUGGCGUUGUUGUGUUAUUCAAUUGUCCAAAUAAUGAUGCUUGUGUCAUGGUCAACUACAAUUGUAACAUUAACCAAGAUAUGGACCCCAUUUGUUGUUGAUUGGCUUUUGUCCAUUGUGCUCUUACUAGCUGUCUGCGUGUCUCCACGUCACUAGUUUUCUAAAAAGUGACAAAAAACAUAAUGUAUGUGUGUCAACGAUAUAAUUUGUGAUAAUUAAUGUCUGCCAUAUUUAGGGCUUGGGAAUGUUA